AUGGAACAUCACUUGGAAUACGACCUCAAAGAAUUUAACCCUAUAGAUUGCAAACUAGGCCAGGCUGUUGCCAUUGCAACGGGGGCCAUGUGGUGGAAUGAUUUAGCUCCCUCAAAAAAUCUCAAUUUUGCUCGAGAUAGAUCGGUGGAAUGCUACUUCUGGAUCCUGGGAGUAUUCUUUGAACUUUACUAUUCUCGUGCACGAGUGAUAAUGACCAAGGUGAUUGCCCUUAUUUCAAUUCUGGAUGACAUAUAUGAUGUCUAUAGCAUAUUGGAGAAGAGUCAACAACUCGCCAAGAAAAUCUUAUGUAUUUCUGUAGUUGUCUUUAACAAGUUCAAAGAUGAGGGAGGGAGUUUCAUGUCUACCUUGGGGAGUGAUGUGAAAGGACUGUUAAGCUUGUACAACGCAUCCUAUCUUGGGACUCAUGGGGAGAUCAUUCUUGAUGAAGCCAUCUCUUUUACGAGGAAUAGCCUAGUGUCUGCAUUAGCUGAUCUUAAACCACCAUUAACAACGCAAGUGUCUCUUGACCUCGAGACACCUCUCUGUAGGAGAAUUAGAAGGCUCUUGGCAAGAGAUUACAUAUCUAUAUACCAAGAGGAUGCCACACGAGAUGAUGCCAUUCUGGAGCUUGCAAAGUUGGACUUCAAUUUGUUGCAAUCUCUUCAUCGCGAGGAGCUUGAGAACAUCACCAAGUAA